GGCUUGCCGGCUCGGGCGCCGCGAGUCCUCCUUUUUGCACACACACGAAUACAAAGAGCCAUACGACCUUCGGAUCCUGGUGGGUUUUUUCCAGUCCCCUCUCUGCUCCUUAGGUUGGAGUGGUAGGGGUUCCAUGCUUGGGUGCAGGAAAAAUGCCUUCUACCCUCUGAAACUGUGUUCAUCGGGAAAGCCUUUGUAGGCACCACCCUUUCGGUAAAGGAUGAAUGUGACACCCAGUGUGUUGUGCUAGGGGAGCACAGGAUCUGAGGACAGAAGAAGGCCCCCCUCUCUCUGAAGGACGAGGAGAAGCAACCAUGAACUGUGUGCUCCUUCACAGAACACACAGCCUGGUGCCCAGGCUCCUCUGAUCAUCCUCCACGAGAAAGAAAAGUGAAUCCAAAGCGGCCAGGGUCUCCUACAAACUCGUGAAGUCCAGUCGGCUGGGGACACCUCUUGGAGCAGUCCAGCAGUGUGCGCGUGGUGGUUCCUUAUUCCGUCAGCCAUGUCCUUCAGUGCCACCAUUCUCUUCUCCCCUCCCAGUGGCAGUGAGGCCAGAUGCUGCUGCUGUGCCUGUAAGAGUGAGACUAGUGGGGGCAACACAGGCUCUCAGAGUGGGAAUCCUCCUCCCAGCACCCCUAUCACAGUGACCGGACAUGGCCUGGCGGUUCACAGUUCGGAGCAGCUCCUGCAUAUUAUCUACCAGCGGGUGGAUAAGGCAGUGGGUCUGGCUGAGGCUGCUCUGGGUCUUGCCAGGGCCAACAAUGAAUUGCUAAAACGUCUCCAGGAGGAAGUGGGUGAGUUGAGGCAAGGCCAGGUGUCCACCCCUGAUGAAGACGGGGACAGCCAGGCACAUGGUUCCCCACUUGAGGAGCCUGGGUCUCUCAAGGAGAGUCCCGGGGGGGCCUGCAGGACCGUGUCUGCCGUGGAAGAGGAGGGUGACGGCGUGGGCAGCGAUGUGCAGGUGGUGAUCGAGCAGCAGCUGGGAGCAGCCUUGGCUGUAGGGCCUGGCCCUUUGGGCUUCCCAGCUGCUCAGAGAGAUGUGCCUCCCGGAUGCACCCUGGCUGCCUGUGAGGGGGCCCCAGUGCUCAAUCCCCUGGUGGAUGAUUAUGUGGCCUCUGAGGGUGCAGUACAGCGGGUGCUGGUCUCUGCUUAUGCCAAGCAGCUCUCACCAGCCACACAACUGGCUAUCCAGCGGGCAACUUCAGAGACAGGGCCAGAAAAUGGAGUCAAGCUGCCACUGCCUCGCCCCGAGGACAUGCUCAGUGCUGCUGCUGCGCUGGAAGGUGCCUUGGAAGAGGCAGGCCCAGGGGGAGCUGGGGAGCUGACACACUCUCUAGGGUUUACUGCUUCCCCCUGCAGGACCAGAGGGAGUGGGCAGAAGAACUCCAGGCGCAAGCGGGAUCUGGUUCUCUCUAAAUUGGUCCACAAUGUGCACAACCACAUCACCAAUGACAAGAGAUUCAAUGGGUCUGAAAGCAUCAAAUCCUCUUGGAAUAUUUCAGUAGUGAAGUUCCUUCUGGAAAAGCUCAAGCAGGAGCUGGUGACCAGUCCCCACAAUUACACGGAUAAGGAACUGAAAGGUGAGAAAAACCAAGUGAACUCCCAUCUCAUCCUUCCUCCCUGUUCCUGGGCAAAGGGGAAGAGGCAUAGUAGAGAUGAUUUAGGUGAUUUGAAAAUAGUGGGCUUAAAAAAAUUAUUUUUGAGGAGGAGGAGGCUUUUUGCCAACCGAUCCAGUAUCAUGAGGCAUUUUGGACCCGAGGAACAACGCCUGUGGAAGGAUGUGACAGAAGAGCUGAUGUCAGAUGAAGAGGACAGUCUUAAUGAGCCAGGUGUCUGGGUAGCCAGGCCGCCCCGUUUCCGGGCCCAGCGCCUCACAGAGCUCUGCUACCAUCUGGAUGCCAACUCUAAGCAUGGCACUAAAGCCAACCGUAUAUAUGGGCCUCCCUCAGACCGAUUACCCUCUGCUGAGGCCCAGCUCCUUCCACCAGAACUUUAUAAUCCUAAUUUCCAAGAAGAAGAAGAUGAGGGAGGUGAUGAAAAUGGACCUGUCUCCCUAUCUUUUGACCAGUCCCAUAAAACCUGCUGUCCUGACUUGAAUUCAUUUAUUGAAGUCAAGGUGGAAAAGGAUGAGUGAAAUCUAUAACCAAGAGUAUCUCUGGCUUCUGCCACUUCCCAUGUCCCAGAGCCAGGCCUAUUGGGCUUCCCAGAAGAAUGAGAUGUCCUCUGCAGCCUGAGAAAGCAAGUCUGCCUCUGUUCUUAACACAGUCCCCACUGGAAAUGAAAGCUGGCAGCUCCGGUGGGAUCAAAGGACUUCUCUGAAAGGGGGAAAGUCCCCCCAUUGUGAAUGGCAAGCCAGAAAGUGCUUGUUCCUAAGCAUAAACAAUGCCUCAGAAGAGCCGGGGAUGAGAGGAGGAGGAGGAUGGGUCUAAGAAACACGAGGCCUUCUCAACAUA